CAGUCAUAAGCCGAAAGCUGACUCGUGCGCGUUGCGCGCACUCGGAUUCUUACGCGUUUUUUACUCGUUUGUUCUGCAACAAUUUCAUUUAAAAAAUCCGUCAAGAAUCGGUUCAACUGUGUCAAAAAUCAUCGCUCUGGGGCCAAAUUAAUCCUGCUGCCUGAUUGGAAAUUACUAUUUUUAUAUUGAAAACCACAAGUGAAUUCGUGAUUGUGAUCUGUGAUAUUUAAAUAUUUUAAACUGUUAUUUUUGAUAAUUGGUACGGUAGUGUUUUUUCCUAUGAAAGAAAGCAGUAUGAUGAAAAAAGUUGCAGCAAUGGGGCUAGAACAAUUACCUGUUGGUUACGACAUCGUGGAGGACUCUGUGUAUAUAUUUUAUGAGCUUCUGGCCAGGAUAAAUUAUUUGGAUAUCGGUGAAGACCUCAACGUGCCGGACGAUUUCACACAAUCGGAGAUGCAGACGGGAAAAUGGUGGCGGCACCUCGUUGCUGGCGGAGUCGCCGGCGCCGUGUCCAGGACGUGCACCGCUCCCCUGGACAGGAUAAAAGUAUUCCUUCAGGUUCAAACACAGCAGCUUCGAAUAAUGGAUUGCUAUCGAUGCAUGAUGAAGGAAGGAGGUAUGACCGGGCUGUGGAGAGGAAAUGGUAUAAAUGUUCUCAAAAUUGCACCGGAAUCUGCAAUCAAAUUCGCAGCAUACGAAAAGGUGAAACGUAUUUUACGCGGUGAGGGCAACAGCACGCGAGUUAUGGGCAUUGGAGAGCGAUUUGUUGCAGGAGCGACAGCAGGUUGCAUCAGCCAGACCGCUAUUUAUCCUUUAGAGGUUCUAAAAACGCGGCUGGCGCUCCGAACAACGGGACAAUAUGCGGGAAUCGUAGAUGCCGCCAAGAAAAUAUUCGCCAGGGAAGGACUCAAAAGUUUCUAUAGGGGGUAUGUUCCAAAUAUGUUAGGAAUAAUACCAUAUGCGGGAAUUGACUUGGCGGUUUACGAGACACUAAAAAAGAAAUACCUUAAGACUCAUUCAUUAAAUGAAGAACCUAACUUUUGGUUACUAUUAGCAUGUGGGUCAGCUUCUUGUACACUAGGACAAGUUUGUUCAUAUCCACUAGCUUUGGUUAGGACGAGGCUACAAGCACAAGGUAAAUACAAAAUUGAUUUUUCUUAUUAUAUAUGUUUUUACUAUUAUCACGUUUAUGAUUGUUUGUUCAUUUUAGUAACGCCUACUCCUGAAUCUGGCACAAUGUCGGGGAUGGUUAAAACAAUACUUCAGAAAGAGGGUCCGCUUGGCCUGUAUCGAGGUAUCACGCCAAAUUUCAUAAAAGUGAUGCCGGCUGUGUCCAUCAGUUAUGUGGUAUAUGAAUACUCCAGUCGAGCCUUAGGUGUCAACAUGACAUAAUGGAUCUUUUCAUGACUGUAGGACAAUUUCUUUUAAUCAUAAUCUGCACUUGUACAGAAGAAAAUUUAUUUAUUUGUUUAUAUCAUACUAAGUUAUUCGCUCGAUUAAUCAUGCACAUAAUAAUUUAUUUCUAGUUUAUUUGUAUUAUAUAUUUGUACGUUUAGCAUAUAUUUUAUUAGGCAAAACUGUUUUUAUAUUUAUUGAUAUAUUUGUGUUAUCUAAUAAGUAUAACAAUUCUCAAGUAAAUCGAAAUAUUGCAUCUUAUUUUAAAUGAAAGAUCGAUAUGUACCUAAUGUUGCAUGACAUUUUAAAUAUUCCUAAA